AUGUCUUCUAUUUUUGGUAGUAUCAGUGGACGAACGAGCCUCACUUCACGAAAGGAUUAUAAAAUAAACAUACAGCUGUUGGACGACAACGAAAAUAUUCUAGUAUAG